GCCGGCAGGGCGCCUAGUGCGUUUCCCGGCGCUCCCCGGCGCGGCGGGGCUCGUCGACUUCGGGGCAAAGUGGAGGAAAAAAGAAGCCUGACAGCAGCCUAUGACGACUGUGAAGACAAUCCAGAAUUGCAAUUAUGAAUGGUGUUGCUGCUGGGCUCCUUCUGCAGAGCGUCUGAAAUGAACCUCUCUUAUUGAUUGUUUUUAUUGGCCCUGAGCCAGGAGUACUGGAUUCAGUUGACUUCAGGAUUAGAAAGAGAACAGUUUUGGUUAUCAUCAUAAACAUAUGAACCAGUGUGAUGGUGAAAUGAGAUGAGGCUCCGAAAUGGAACUGUAGCUACUGUUUUAGCAUUUAUCACUUCGUUCCUGACUUUAUCUUGGUAUACUACAUGGCAAAAUGGGAAAGAAAAACUGAUUGCUUAUCAACGAGAGUUUCUUGCCUUGAAAGAACGUCUUCGAAUAGCUGAACAUAGAAUCUCUCAGCGCUCUUCUGAAUUAAAUGCCAUUGUACAGCAGUUCAAGCGUGUAGGAGCAGAAGCAAAUGGAAGUAAGGAUCCAUUAAAUAAAUUUUCAGGUACAAAUGAUAUUUUUAGUUUUAUAAAAAUUAUUAUUUUCAAAGGGUUACGUGACUUUUAUAUUUUCUAUCUCUUUGUUGAAGGUCUUACUGAGAUCCUCCACUUUUUUAUCAAGGCCAUGUCAAUAGUAAUGGGAAUUCCCACAGUGAAGAGAGAAGUGAAAUCUUACCUCAUAGAAACCCUUCAUUCCCUUAUUGAUAAUCUGUAUCCUGAAGAGAAGUUGGACUGUGUUAUAGUUGUCUUCAUAGGAGAGACAGAUAGUGAUUAUGUACACAGUGUUGUAGCCAACUUGGAGAAAGAAUUUUCUAAAGAAAUCAGUUCUGGCUUGGUGGAAAUAAUAUCCCCUCCUGAAAGCUAUUAUCCUGACCUGACAAAUUUAAAGGAGACAUUUGGAGACUCCAAAGAAAGAGUAAGAUGGAGAACAAAGCAAAACCUAGAUUAUUGUUUUCUAAUGAUGUAUGCUCAGGAAAAGGGAAUAUAUUACAUUCAGCUUGAAGAUGAUAUUAUUGUCAAACAAAAUUACUUCAACACUAUAAAAAAUUUUGCACUUCAACUUUCUUCUGAAGAAUGGAUGAUACUCGAGUUCUCCCAGCUGGGCUUCAUUGGUAAAAUGUUUCAAGCACCAGACCUCACUCUGAUCGUGGAAUUCAUAUUUAUGUUCUAUAAGGAGAAACCCAUUGAUUGGCUCUUGGACCAUAUACUCUGGGUCAAAGUCUGCAACCCUGAAAAAGACGCAAAACAUUGUGAUAGACAGAAAGCAAAUCUACGAAUUCGCUUCAGACCUUCGCUUUUCCAACAUGUUGGUCUGCAUUCUUCCCUAUCAGGAAAAAUACAGAAACUCACGGAUAAAGAUUACAUGAAACCAUUAAUUCUUAAAAUCCAUGUAAACCCACCUGCAGAGAUAUCUACUUCUUUGAAGGUCUACCAAGGACAUACACUGGAGAAAACUUACAUGGGGGAGGAUUUCUUCUGGGCUAUAACCCCAGUAGCCGGAGACUACAUCUUGUUCAAAUUUGAUAAGCCAGUCAAUGUAGAAAGUUACUUGUUCCACAGCGGCAACCAAGAACAUCCAGGAGAUAUCCUGCUCAACACAACUGUGGAAGUUUUGCCUUUAAAGAGUGAAGGUUUGGAAAUAAGCAAAGAAACCAAAGACAAACGAUUAGAAGAUGGUUAUUUCAGAAUAGGAAAAUUUGAGAAUGGUGUUGCCGAAGGAAUGGUGGAUCCUAGCCUAAACCCCAUUUCAGCCUUUCGACUUUCAGUUAUUCAGAAUUCUGCCGUUUGGGCCAUUCUUAAUGAGAUUCAUAUUAAAAAAGUCACCAACUGAUCAUCUGCUAAGAAACCAGUACAUUUUUUUCCUGUGAAUUUGUUAAUUAAAGAUAGUUAAGCAUGUACCUUUUUUUUUUUUUAACUUGAACACUACCUCUUGUGAAAUCUACUGUAGAUAAGAUGAUUGUCAUUUCCACUUGGAAAGUGAAGCUCCCAUGGAUAAUUGCAUUCAUUCGAACCUAAGCUGUCCUCCAAUUUUAACUUGACUCAAACAUUUUACAGUUAUGACAGCCUGUUAAUAUGACUUGUACUAUUUUGGUAUUAUACUAAUACAUAAGAGUUGUACAUAUUGUUACAUUCUUUAAAUUUGAGAAAAAUUAAUGUUAAAUACAUUUUAUGAAGGGGGUACUUUUGAAGUUCAUUUAUUUUACUAUUAUAGACCCUCUUUUAUAGAUUAUCAGGGAUUAUAUAUAUAUAUAUAUAAAUAUACAUAAAAAUGUUAUGGAGUUAAUUUAUUAGAAACAUUUAAGAAGUACAUAUUUUUGUGCAGUAAAUUUUUGAAUCAAUACUUUUUUUGAAAAGUUACCUUGCUUUUUUAAUUUCUUUCUAUAUUUUUCUUUGGAAAUGCAAACAUUAAAAAUGAAUGCCAUUUUUUAAAUGCACUGCCAUUUAAGAAUGAUUCUAGAUUGAUUUCCUAACUGAAGUACUUUUAUAAUUGCAGUGAUUCUGAACAAAAUAUUUUCAAAGGCAUUUGUCAUUCCUUAAAGCCAAGAUUUUAAAGACCAACGUCCUUCUUGAGGGUUAUUUUACUAUACUGUUUAUGGUGUUAAAAAAAAAAAAAAUCAGUCUGAUAAAUUUUAAUGUGCAGGGGUCAUGCAUUCAGCCCAAAUUAUCAUGGACUCAACUCAUUACAUUCCCUCUGAUAUGUAAGAUGACAAACUAUUUUUUCUUUUUAAAUCUGUGUCUUUAAUCCAUGAGUUAGAUGCAUUAUCUCUUGUUGAUCCUUUUAUAUCUGCACCCAUUUAGUGAGUUCUGACAAAAUUUUUUCCAGGUGAUGUUAUUGUAUGAGUCAAAAUCAUUGAAUUUUACAGAAAAAAAGGUAAUACUGGUUUUUAGGGAGAGAUAUUGUAGCAGUUGUAUGUUUUUGCAAAGUGACUUGCUCUGUUGGCUUUAUGAACUUACAGGUAAAUUUAUAUCUGAAGAGCAUUUAUUGCUCUUAAUAAUGUAAUUCCAAAUGUUAUUACUACUGUAAACAAAAAGACUAUCAGCCUUAGCAAUCAGUGAUCUUUACAAAAGUAUUUUACUUUUAAGAAGUUCCGAAUGAUCACCAUCAGCUCCCAACCAGUGCAUCAGGGGGCUUGCAGGUGGGUUCCAGAGAGAUAUGCAGAGACUGACCCCCUGAGCUCUCGGACUAGCCAGUGGCUGAGGCCUCCGGGGGCUGGAGGUGCCCCCUGGUUGCCUCUUGCCUGGGGGAGCCUCCCGCGGUUACCCAGGAUGCUGAACAAAGAGCUUCCAGACAGCCUUGUUUUCUGUACAGUAUGUUGGAGUGAAAAAUGUUGGGAAACAUGGAUAGGGUACACUUCUUUCCAUUACUCCUGUUGGAAUCAUCAUCAGUUACUUUCCUUGAUCAAAAAGUUACACAUGGCCACAAAUAAUUUUUAUGUCCAAGUCUAGUGAAACAUUUUUGCUGGGCUUUUUAGAUUCACUUUUCACUUUCUUUAAUUUACUUUUUAUGUUGUCCUUACAUUUCCUUGGCCUGAUGCCUGCAGGCCAAUUUCAUUUGAAAAGAAUAACCUUUCAUUGUAAAACUUUGGCAGCCGUUGAAUAUUACGGACUGCUGGAACCACCGAGUGUCGGGAGAGAAACCCCUGGGUGGGUUAAGAAGUGCUCUCCUCUCCUUGCUUCCCCAGGAGCCCACUCUGAUUUUAGGGAGAAGGAGCAUGCGCUGAAGAUCAGGGAGGUGACCAUGACUGCAGCUCCUUGCCCUUGGGGCUGCUUGGGCUUUAGACUGGUGAGCCGUACCAGCCGGCUUCUUCCUGUGCUUCUGCUCAGCCUCCCCUCCCAGGCUUCGCUCACCCCUCCUGUUCCCGAGAAUACUUGGAGCCA